AUGUUGAAUAAUAAAUUUCACAGUAACAAUAAUGAUUCUGAUGUAGAGAUUGAUUAUGAUGUUCUUAAUGCGGCAGCUAACAGAAAAAAUAAGAAAUCUGGUGGAUGGCAAGCUAUGGGACUUGAUAACAAUGUUUUUAAAGCAUUGGAAAGAAAAGGAUUUAAACAACCAACACCAAUUCAAAGGAAAGCUAUACCAACAAUAUUAGAUGGAAGGGAUGUUGUAGCAAUGUCACGUACAGGAUCCGGUAAAACAGCUGCAUUUGUUGUACCAAUAUUACAAAAAUUAAAAAUGAGAAAUCCAACAGGAAUUAGAGCUCUUCUUAUAUCACCAACAAGAGAAUUGGCUAUUCAAACAUUUAAUGUCAUUAAAGAAUUAGGAAGGUUUACCGGUUUACGUGCUGCUUGCAUUGUCGGUGGAGAAAGUUUACAGGAAAAUUUUGCUAUUAUUCAUCAAACACCUGAUAUAUUAAUUGCAACACCAGGUAGAUUAGCUCAUAUAGCUGUAGAGAUGGAAUUAAAAUUGGAUUUUGUUAAAAUGGUUGUUUUUGAUGAAGCAGAUAGGCUUUUUGAAAUGGGUUUUGCUGAUCAAAUUAAUGAAAUUAUUAGAAGAAUACCAGAUUCAAGGCAGACUCUUCUAUUUUCUGCUACAUUACCUAAAAUGAUUAUUGAAUUUGCGAAAGCUGGUUUGAGUGAUCCAUGUUUGAUACGACUAGAUACGGACUGUAAAAUUUCUGAUAAACUUUCAAUGAUAUUUUUGUUGUGUCGAGCUCAUGAAAAAAUCCAUGCAUUAUUGUAUUUGAUAAGAGAAUUUUUAGAUAAAAAUCAACAAACAGUUGUUUUUUGUGCUACAAUGAAACAUGUUGAGUAUGUUGUUUCUAUUCUUGAAAAAAGUUCUAUAUCUUGUGCACCUUUGUACUCUUCAUUAGAUCCAACAGCUAGAAAAGAAAAUAUUCAAAAAUUUCAUGAUAAAAGUAUUAAUAUUCUUGUUGUUACUGAUGUUGCUGCACGUGGAGUAGAUAUUCCAUUACUUGAUAAUGUUAUCAAUUUCCAUUUUCCACCAAAAGCAAAACUUUUUGUUCAUCGUGUUGGUAGAGUUGCUCGUGCUGGAAAAUCUGGUAGAGCUUAUAGUUUGAUAGCUCCUGAUGAACUUCCAUAUGUUGUAGAUUUACAUUUAUUUUUAGGUAGAGGUUGUAAAUUUGCAAAGGAAACUGAUCAAUAUAAUGAAAAAGAUCAUGUUAUAGGAAAAAUACCAACGAAAAUUAUUCAUCUAGAAAUGGAUUUUAUUAAAUCAUGUCACGAAUGUUUAGAUAUAAGUGAUAUUCAUUUUAAAUCUGAAAAUGCUAUGAAAAAAUAUAUUUCUACUAGACCACAGGCAUCAGCUGAAUCUAUAAAAAGAACAAAAGUUGAAAUGAAAUCAGUUUUCGAAACCACUGCUACACAUCCUAUUUUACGUAAUAAAAUGGAUGAUGUAAAAUCAACUGUAGAUGUCUUGAAACAGUUAAAAGAAUAUAGACCUAAAGCUACAAUUUUUGAAGUACGUUCUAAUAAUAAUUCAAAAACAGUUGAAAUUAUGAAACAAAAAAGAAAAGCUCAUGAAAGUCUUAUUGAUGAACGUAAGAAACAAGAUCGUAAAAGAAAAUUAGAAGAAGCUAAGGAAAUAGGUAAUGCUAAUAAAGUUGAACCAGAAAUUGAAGUUAAACCUCAAGUAAUUGAAGAUGAUGGUGUAUUUAUAGAAGCCGCAUUUGAAGAUAUACCUUUGAAAGUUGAACCAGUAAAUAAAAAGAAAAAAGAUUUAUAUUUACAUGCUUUACCAAAAGAUUACUUUGCUGAAAAACAAAUGGCUAUAGAUAAUUCAUUUGGCACAUUGGCAUCAGAAGUAUGCCUAGAUCUUACAGCUGAUGAUGAUGAAAAUUUGCAUAAACAAAAACGUCAACAAGUAUGGGAUAGAAAAAAAAAGAAAUUUGUUUCUUCUGGUGCUAAUGAUGAUCCCAAAAAUCGUAAAAUUAAAACAGAAGAUGGUCAUUGGGUUAAAGCAUCAUAUAAAAAAGGUGUAUAUAAAGAUUGGGUUAAUAAACAAAAACUUGCCUUUGCCAAAGAUACCGAAGAUGAAGAUAGAUUUAAUGUUGGUAAAAACUUUAAGAAAGGUAAAAAAGAUAAAGAAGUUAAAGGAGGUAGAAGUGAGUUGCGUUCUGUUGAUCAAAUUCUUAAAUCAAGGAAAGCUAAAGAUAAAACUAGAGAAUUCCAGGAACGUAGACGUCAUGAAAAGAUUAAAGCUAAAGAAUCUGCUGCUAAAAAGAAAUUUACAAAGAAAUUUGGUGAUGAUCGUGGUGGAGAUCGAAGUAAGAAAGGUAAAAAUUUUGGUGGUAAAAAUUUUAAUAGUAAAAAAAAAUCUUUUGUCAAGUCAAGACCAAAAGGAAGGAAGUAA